AUGAAAGGCAACAUCAAUAGUCUAAAAUACCAAGAAAUCUUAGCUACUUCUUAUAUUCCUAACCAUAAAAGAGGCCAAAUUCUGCAGCAGGAGGGUGCUCCAUCGCACACUUCCAUCUCCACAUCAAAGUUCCUCAAGGCGAAGAAGAUCAAGAUGCUCCAGGAUUGGCCAGCCCAGUCACCAGACAUGAACAUCAUUGAGCAUUUUUGGGGUAGGAUAAAAGAGGAAGCAUGGAAGAUGAAACCAAAGAAGAUUGAUGAACUCUGGGAGGCAUGCAAGACUGCUUUCUUUGCUAUUCCUAAUGACUUCAUCAAUACAUUGUAUGAAUCCUUGCCAAACCGCAUGGAUGCAGUCCUUCAAGCUCAUGGAAUGCUGAUUUCAAACAUCCACUCUGAAGAAACAGUAGAUAUAACACCAACUCUGACGGUGCAGCCACAGACGUCUGUGUUCAUUGGAGACUCAGUUACUCUGAUCUGUAAGGUUCAUCAGUCCAGUGGAUGGCAGUUUUUAUUUACCACACCACUCACCAAGACUGAAUCCAAUGAAACUACAGGAACUAAAACAAUCAGAUCUAUGCGAGUCUCUGAUGGAGGAGAGUACAAGUGCAGAGCCAGAAAAAGAGGAAACGUUUAUGUUUUAACACAAUACAGUAAACCAAUAAUAGUGACAGUACAGGAUUUUAUUUUGACAGAUAUAACACCAACUCUGACUGUGCAGCCACAGACGUUUGUGUUCAUUGGAGACUCAGUUACUCUGAUCUGUGAGAUUCAUCAGUCCACUGGAUGGAAGUUUCUUUUCAUCACACCAUCAAACACUUAUUCCUUUGAAACUUCAGAAACUAAAACUAAAACAAUCACAUCUAUUCAAGUUUCUGAUGGAGGAGAUUACAAGUGCAUGGGCAGAAAAGGAGAAAGCCCUCAGGUUUACACACAAUUCAGUGAACCAAUAAGAUUGACAGUAAAGGAAAGACCAACAGCUCAAGUGUCUGUUUGGCCUGAUGAUCAUGUAUUCAGAGGAGAAACUGUCACUCUCACAUGUGUCAUCAAUGAAGGAGGAGUCAGCAGCUGGCAGUACAGCUGGUAUAAAAAUUCAAUCAUCCAGCAGAAUAAACUUCAGUAUUACACAAUCACAUCUGUUAUAGAGUCUGACGCAGGUAAAUACACCUGUAGAGGAAAUGAAACCAGAGGAUCACGAUACUCACACAUCAGUAAUGCAGUUACACUGACAGUAUCAGAUAAACCACAGACAGUUUUAAGUGUUUCUCCACAGCAGUGGUUGACUGAAGGAGAUUCAGUGACUCUGAUGUGUGAGGUUAUAAACUCAUCUACAGGCUGGACAUUCAGCUGGUUCACUGUACAGAGUCUUUACUCAGAUGUUGAUUAUAAGCUGGUGUCAGUCAGCAGUAGAGGAUCUAAAGGCAUCUACACAGUGAGUUCAGUGACUGUGAAGCACACAGGAGUUUAUAUGUGCAGAGCAGAGAGAGGAGAUCCAGUCUAUCACACAGAGUACAGUAACACACAAACACUGUGGAUCACUGGUGUUUCUCCUUCAGUCUCUCUGAUCAUCAGACCCAACAGAUCUCAACACUUCUCAUCUGAAUCUCUCUCUCUGAGCUGUGAGGAUCACAGUAAAUCUACUGGAUGGACAGUGAGAAGAUACACAGACAAACUGAAACCUUGUUCAUCAUCAGACUGGAGAUCUACAGGAACAACAUCUACAUGUACAAUCAGAUCUCUCCACACAUCUGAUACUGGAGUGUACUGGUGUCAGUCUGAAUCUGGAGAGAAACUUCAUCCUGUUAAUAUCUCAGUACACAAUGUUGAUGUGAUUCUGGACAGUCCUGUUCAUCCUGUGACUGAAGGAGAUCCUCUGACUCUACGCUGUUUAUAUCGAGAUAAAAACCCCUCUAACCUGAGAGCUGAAUUUUAUAAAGAUGGAUCAGUGGUGCAGAAUCAGACUACAGGAGACAUGAUGAUCAUCCCUACAGUCUCAAAGUCACAUGAGGGUUUCUACUACUGUAAACACCCAGAGAGAGGAGAGUCUCCAAAGAGCUGGAUCUCAGUCAGAGGACCAAGGCCAGUUUUAAGUGUUUCUCCACAGCAGUGGUUGACUGAAGGAGAUUCAGUGACUCUGAUGUGUGAGGUUAGAAGUUCAUCUACAGGCUGGACAUUCAGCUGGUUCACUAUUUUGACUUUUACAGUGAAUGAAGAUGUUGAUUAUGAUCUGGUGUCAAACAGCAGUAGAGGAUCUAAAGGCAUCUACACAGUGAGUUCAGUGACUGUGAAGCACACAGGAGUUUAUAUGUGCAAAGCAGAGAGAGGAGAUCCAGUCUAUCACACAGAGUACAGUAACACACAAACACUGUGGAUCACUGGUGUUUCUGCUUCAGUCUCUCUGAUCAUCAGCUCCAACAGAUCUCAACACUUCUCAUCUGAAUCUCUCUCUCUGAGCUGUAAGGAUCACAGUAACUCUACUGGAUGGACAGUGAGAAGAUACACAGACGAACUGAAACCUUGUUCAUCAUCAGACUGGAGAUCUACAGGAACAACAUCUACAUGUACAAUCAGAUCUCUCUACACAUCUGAUACUGGAGUGUACUGGUGUCAGUCUGAAUCUGGAGAGAAACUUCAUCCUGUUAAUAUCUCAGUACACAAUGUUGAUGUGAUUCUGGACAGUCCGGUUCAUCCUGUGACUGAAAGAGAUCCUCUGACUCUACGCUGUUUAUAUCGAGAUAAAAACCCCUCUAACCUGAGAGCUGAAUUUUAUAAAGAUGGAUCAGUGGUGCAGAGUCAGACUACAGGAGACAUGAUGAUCAUCCCUACAGUCUCAAAGUCACAUGAGGGUUUCUACUACUGUAAAUACCCAGAGAGAGGAGAGUCUCCAAAGAGCUGGAUCUCAGUCAGAGCCGCAGGGUCUUCAUCUCUUGGUCUUAUUGUUGGUCUGUGUCUUGGACUGAGCGUCAUGUUUUUGAUCUUUUUCUUGGUCCUGCUGUGGUGCUACAAAAACAAAAAACGCUCUCAGUCUCCCUCAGCUGUCAGUCAACAGCAGAACAUCAGUCAGACAUCAGAUCAGAAACAGCCUGAAGAUGUUUACAGUCCACUGCAGUCUGGAGAUGCUCAUAUUUAUAACUCUGCUGAUGCAACAGACACAAGCGCAGUGACUCAGGCCGGCCCCAGUGAUGCCAUGUAUUCAAAGGUCAACUUCAAGAAAAAUAAACUCAAGAGCAAAGAAAAUGAAAGUGAAUCAGCUAAUCUCACCUAUGCUGAUAUCGAACUGAAACCUAAGAAAGAUAAGAAGAAAGAGAAGAAAGGGUAUAACAGUGAAGGUGGUGACAUUGUGUACUCUAAACUGAAGAAAGAAGGAGAUCAAGAUGUUGCUUAUGGAUCUGUUGAUGUGACUUAUGCUCAGAUUAACUAAAAGAUCAGUGGAGAAAAAAACGACAAUGCAUUAUCUAAAGCUUAAUAUGAUCAAUCCAAACCUUCAUGAGCAUCAGGAU